AACUUCUUCUGUCAAACAGAAUCAUUAUCUCUCUGUAGAAUUUAGUAAAAAUUCUGAUAAUUAGCUAGUAUUUCAAGUUUAUAUAAUUUUCUGAAUUCAUAAUUUUUGUCCCUUUUUGUUUUCUAAAGUAAAGUUUUCAAAACAAAAAAAAAUUCAAAUCAAAAACAUUAAAAAUGUUCGCGAGUGGUCCGAAUUAUACGAAACUAAAGACAAAUUUAAGGUUAGCGAUUAAUAGAUUAAAAUUACUUGAAAAGAAAAAAUCAGAAUUAGCACAAAAGGCGAGAAAAGAAAUUGCCGAUUAUAUUGCAGCGGGAAAAGUUGAGAGAGCAAGAAUUCGAGUUGAACAUAUUAUUCGCGAAGAUUAUGUCGUUGAGGCCUUUGAAUUAAUGGAAAUGUACUGCGAUUUAUUACUUGCAAGAUUUGGAUUAAUUCAACAAAUGAAAAAUUUAGACGAUGGUUUAGCAGAGGCAAUAUCGACAAUAAUAUGGGCAGCGCCACGAAUACAGACGGAUAUUCAAGAAAUGAAAGUGAUUUCCGAUAUUUUAACGACAAAAUACGGUAGACAAUAUGCUGAUGCAUGUCGUGAGGAAGUGAUAAAAACAAUUUCGGAAAAAUUGAAACACAAAUUAAAUGUACAAUCGCCACCAAAAUUGCUUGUGGAAAAGUAUUUGAUUGAGAUUGCGAAUAAUUACGAUGUCGUUUAUGAGCCCGAUCCACAAGUAAUGGCCGAGGGUGAAGAUGCACUUUUAAUUGACAUUGGUGCAAGUGGCGGGCAAAAUAAUUUGGAUGUUGCCAGUGGUGGUGGUGGGGGUUUGCCUCAACCCGUCGGUUUCAUUGGCUUUCCACAGUUGCCACUUCUUCCCGGUGUUAAUCCAACUUCGCCUACUGAUGCUCCAAUUGGUUUUUAUCCCCCGGGGCCAUCGAAUUGUAGUGAAAAGGAUAAAAAUUCUCCAUUCAGUCCAACUUCCAUGUCUUACAAUAUUCCAUUGGACAACGAUAAUGCAAACAGAGACGACGAAGACUUACCUCCACCGUACGGAUCGUUUCCUCCAGAUUUGAACAAACAAUCGGAUCAGAAGCCAAAACCGCAGCCACGAUCAAAAAUGCCAACGGGCAAUUUCAAUCUUCCUGACUUGCCACCAGUUCCAUCAGGCAAUGACACACCAACCGGAACUGAGAACAAUGAGGACAUAGACUUUGACGAUUUAAUGAAGCGUUUUGAAGACUUGAAAAAAAAGAAGUAAUUUUCCCCACUAAAAUUACAUUAUUUACAUAUUAUAGAUUUGUUUUUCUUUUCUAAAAAAAAAAAUUAUAAUCAAAGGAAUUUUUUA